CCUACGAAUAAUAGUCAUGCGAACUGGUCAUAAAGUGUUAUCCUGUUUAGCUUUACUCCAUAUCUUUUGUAAAGUAAUUUUUUUAUGAUUGAUAUUUCACCCUCUCACCUUUUAAUUUUUCUUUUUCGUGCAUUCAUUUAUUUUGAUUCUCGCGUUCUUUCGAGAUCAUAUCGAUGCUUUUCCUGAAAAGGGAUUAAUAUCUAUAAUAUAUUUGUUGGACUGUGGAAUUAUUAACAACUAACGCCUUGCUUUUAACGUUAUAUUAAUCUGAAAUCCCUCUGUAUUUUUCUUUGGAUAUUUAUUUCAGGAUAUCUUAUGUUACAAGAAAUAUGUUCCAUUUUGCUUAUUUGACUUCAAAAACUAGGAAAAAGAAGUAAGAACUGUAUUCUAAGGAACUUUGACCCCAAUUACACAUUCUGUAAAAGGUGACCGAACUGGUAGCUUUUUUGAGUCAAAUUUCUUUUCGGUUUCUUUUGAACUCUUUGAGUUCAACUCCUACUGUGGUUAACUUUAUUUUCCGUCCUUUCGGGGGGGGGGCAAUAAAUUCUAGUCGUUUGAGAUAUCUUGUUUUAUCUGGUACAUUUGGCGACGACACUGGUGCCAAACUAUAUCAGUCCUUUCAUUUUUUCUUUUUUGAUAACGUUGUUGCCGUGGAGAGACUUGGGAUCUUUUCCUUUUGGCCGGUACAUAGAAAAAAUAAUUCACUUGGGAUCUUUUCCCUUUUGGCAAAAGAUCCGAGACGUGCAUAUGUACAGUUUUUUUUACAACUGUUGUAAAGUUGAAUACUUUAGGGCAAGUAAAUUCCCGUCAGGGUCGAAUUUGCCUUUCGUCUCUGGAACUGACUAAUUAAAAAUCGAGUUCAACCCGGAUCAAUUAAAAUUGAUUAUACUCAUGCCCUACAGAAGAGCCACGGCUCUUUGCCGACAUAAGACGUAUAUAAUGGUAGUUGUUUUAGUUAUAAAACAUUGUAAUAUACUUUAUUGAUUUACGGUAUCAUUGUUCGUACUGAUGGUGACCACAAAUUUGUAGACCUUAAUCCCACACAAUUGGGGAAUUUUCUUUAAUGCCAUUUGUUAGACCAUAAAAUCAGUUUAACAGAUAUUGUUUCAUGUUACUUCGCAUAUUUUAGGUAAUCAAAUACAAGCUGAAGCAUAAUAAGGCUUUGUUGUAAUUAAUACUUCAAACUAUCUGAAUUAAUUAAUUAAUUCAUAUUUGAGAAAGUUCUGUUCAAGAACAGCAAAACUAUUGAGUGCAAAACAUUAUGUGCGCAUGCGCAAUUGUGAACCUGGCGAAAUUAUGGCGGCUCACCGUGUAGUGUUGUUACGAUUGUUGUUGUUGUUAGUAUAUAUUCAGGUGUUUAUUAAUGGUUAGAGCAGAAAACAAUAACUUUCCCUCUAAGAAUAUGUUUUUAAUAAAUUAUCUUCGACAUCGCAUCUUUCUGGAUUAAUCAGCGGUCGCAAUAAGUUCUUGAUCAAUGUAAACAUGGUGUAUUAUUUACAUUAUGCCAUGUCGCGAUUUUCCUUAACAAUCCUAGUUCUGUCUGUUAUAUUCCAUUGCACUUUGAGUUUGAAAGUUGCCACUUAUAAUCUAUGGAACAUAAUGUUCAAUUGGGAAGUUAGAAAAAUGCGAGUGAUUGAAAUGAUAGAAACUAUUAAUCCUGAUGUGAUAGCAUUCCAGGAAGUUCGAAUGGAUUCUAGCAGUGUUAGAAGUCAGUUGUUGGAGCUGCAAGAGAAACUUGCAGACUUCAAUUGGAUGGUUGUUCAACCUGCAAAUGAUGUACAGAAACCCAGGCACACCUAUUGGAAUGGAUGGGAACGAGAAGGCAUUGGUAUUCUUAGCAAGCUUCCAAUACUUAAAUCAACAACAAUCAGUAUUCCCUACAUGAGUGGCCCCGAUACAAAUCAAAGGAUUGCUCUUCAUGCUAUGAUAGGUUAUAGUGAAGACUCAGCUAUACAUGUUCUGACUGUACAUUUUUCAUACGACAGACAGCAACAGUGUAACAAUGCAGCCAGAAUAUUGCAUUACAUCUCAGAAAAAGAACUUGAAAAUGUAGUACUUCUUGGUGACUUUAACACCUAUCAAGACUUUGAAUGGCCAUUGGAAGUGUUUACAGAUACAGAAAUUCGGCCAGAAAAUUCCUGUUUUGAUAUGGUUAGAGCUGAUGCCAAAGGACCAAAUACUAUCCUUGCUGAUGUUUGGAGUGUUCAUGCAGCAGAUAAAUUGUCAGGAUUUACUUUUAGUAAUAUGCCAACUCCUGGUUAUGAAAGUCGUCCCGAUAGAAUACUUGUUUCAAAGAGUUUCAAGAUUUUAUCAUGCAAUCUUCAUGGCAAUGGUAAUUUUUAUAAAAAGAAAUACAAGACACUAAUAUUUUGGCAUCGAUUUCAGAGAGUAAUUAAAAGUGCAUAUGAAGCUUUUCAAGGUGUCUCUGGCUACAGUUGUACACAGGAUUGUGGCCCACAUGGUUCUUGCCGCUGUGGAGUAUGCGUUAACAUUGGCAAUCAGAAAGAUUGCCUCCUAAUAGACUGCUCAGAAUGCAAUUCCUUCAUGUUUUUACUUUUUAUUUUAUUGACUCUGUUUGCUUGUUUAUUAACAUCAGGUACUGUACUGGCCCUCAUAUUAUUUCUCUUUAGUCGAAUAUCGGUAAGAACAUUUCACUGUCUCUACAGUGUAAAAUUAUAUUUCAACACAAGAGCAUAUUCAAGGUUACGGAUACUCUACAGGUUUUUUCCAUUUAUAAAAGCACCGUUGCCUUUUCUUUUAGUUUGCAUCGUUACAAAUCUUGUUUUUUACACGGUAAUUACCUUCAUUUUCUCAGGUACUUUGCAAACUAUUUUUCGUGUCAUGGCUGAAGAGUUUUAUCCUUCAGACCACUUAAUGAUAUCAUCCCAGUUAUGGAUACCAAACAAGGAGUCUUAGUUACUCCCAUGUGUGUGUGUUGCUUUCACAUUUCAUUUGAAAAGUAAUAAAAAAAAAUCCUCAUGGCUGUAAGGUUAAGUUCACUUUACAAACCACAGGAUUCCCUGUUUGAUCCAAAUGUGUAACUUUCUUGGGCAAAUAACAUCCACCAUAAUUUCAGCUUGCCUAAUACCUUGCUCAUGGAAUUCAUGGAAGCCUAUUGAAAUAUAAUAUACACACAUAGACGAAUAAAAACGAGGUCUUUUUCACUUGAACUCAGUGUAUAUGUAUUUAUCUAUACACACAGGGGAGUAGAAAUAAGGGUUACACCCUAAAACCUCAUCACCACUACUUUUACUUCUUAGCUCCACCUUUCUCUUCUAAAAUGCAAAUAACCAUGUAGCUCCUCUACAGCAAGAAACCUGCUCUGCUCUUGCUCCUCAUCUCCUAGCAUAAAGUGGCUGUUCAUAGGGUUCAUAAGUGUUGCAAGUUGCAUGGCAGCCUCGUUAGCAUUGAUGGCACCAAAAAAAAAAAAAAAAAAAAAAAAAAAAAAAGCACCCAGUAUGUGCUAAUGUUAGGAAAGGCCUCCAGACAUAGAAAUCAUGCCAAAGCAGAUACAAUGGAGCAUAACUCAGCCCUUAGGCCCAUCAAAUCCUGUUAAAUCAUUUAACCCAUGCCAGUAUGGAACAUGGAUGAUAACACAGAUACACACAAUCUAUUUGCUAAUGUAAAACUUUGGUGAGAAAAACAAACCAGUGCUGCUGAAUAUAGAUAUCUGGUGGUAUUUAUUCCAUACUGAGUUGCAGGCAAUUCCUUGCUAUCAGAAACACAGCGACCUAAUGAUAGGUUCAGUUGGAAAACCAUAACCAACUAUGCUAUUGCAAUAUAAAAUAAAAUUUGUGAAGAUUAAGUUACUUGCCUCCCUGUAUAUGUAUUACGUUCACAUGAAAUCGAAAAAUAACAAGAAUAUUCAUACAUGAAGGGUGUGGGGAUUUUAGUCAGCUCCAUGUUUAUGUGUGUAUAUAUUGAUUUUAUAUUUUAUUUGAAUUUAAAAAAAGUAAAACCCUUAUAGAAAGUAUGAAUUUUUUUUAAGCAUAGAUGAAGAAAAAAAUAAAAUUUAAUCAUGUUAACAGUGUAUAGUUGAAACAUUGUAAUACAGUUUGCUGUCAAUGGCAUAUUUAUUAAAUAAAAAAUAUUAACAAUUA